GCGCGGAGCGAAGGGCUGGGAGCCGAUGGCCGCAUGGAGCCCUCUCUCUUCGCGUGGGGUGCGAACAGCUAUGGACAACUCGGUCUUGGUCAUAAAGAGGAUGUGCUGGUACCUCAGGCACUGAAAGAUGUUUCCUGCAAAUGUCAAGACAUUAAAAGUGUUACUGGAGGAGGGGGACAUUCUGCAGUUAUCACUGGUGCGGGAGAGCUCUUUGUAUGUGGCCAUAACAAAGAUGGGCAGUUGGGACUGAAUCACAGAGAAGAUGUACUACGUUUUACUUUGUGCACUGCCCUAUCUGGAUUUUGUGUAAAACAAGUUGCCUGUGGCUGGGAUUUCACAAUCAUGUUAGUAGGAUCUGGUCUAGUUCUGUCCUGUGGGUCUAACUCUUUUGGACAGUUGGGAGUUCCUCAAAUUUCAGGUCCCUGCUUGAUUCCACAAAAGAUAGAGUCUCUUAAAGAGAAAGUGGUGGAUGUUGCUGCAGGUCUGAGACAUGCUCUUGUUGCUACAGAGAGUGGUUUGGUGCUUCAGUGGGGAAUUGGCAUGGCAUCUCGGGCGAAGCGUGCACACAAAGAGAAAACCCUCCCCCUGUUCUUGACAGCAAAGGAGCCUUGUGAAGUAACAGGUCUGGAAGAUGUAAAGGUGAAGGCAGUUGCUGCAGGCUCCUGUGAUUCAGUGUCACUCACAGAUGAAGGACACUUGUAUGUCUGGGGUAGCAACAAACAUGGGCAGCUAGUGAGCAAAGAGAUCUUUCUUGCUGAGCCCGAGAAGAUAGACACUCAGUAUUUCUCACAUGAAAAGAUUGGAGCAGUUUGGAGUGGCUGGACCCACUUGGUGGCACAAACAGAAACUGGGAAGGUGUUCACCUGGGGCAGAGCAGACUAUGGACAACUUGGAAGGCAUGCAGUGGUUCCUGAGGGGCAGGAGGCUUGCACAGCAUCUGAACAACGCUUGGAGCGGUUGUGUAACAUCCCUGUUUCAGUGCCUUGCCUAAAUGGAGCAUCUCAGAUCGCAUGUGGCUCAGAGCAUAAUCUGGCAGUAGUUGGUGGCCAGUGCUUCUCUUGGGGAUGGAACGAACAUGGGAUGUGUGGUGACGACACAGAAGCAAAUGUUCAUGUCCCAAAGCCAAUCAAAGCUCUUGGUUAUGCAAAGCAGAUCUUAAUUGGAUGUGGGGCAGGACACUCCAUGGCCCUUUCAAACUCCACAUUAGAUUCAGCACACCUGAAAUCAUACCAUCAUGGAUAUGGAUGGACAUCUUUGGAUUGUGUAGCUCAGAAGCACUACAAGAGGAUUGCCCAUUAUGAACACAAUAGUUGGAAACUGCAAAUUUUUUUUCUAAGACUAAAAGGAAUGAGUAUGCAUAUUAAAGUGUACUGGUCUAAAAAUGGUUUAAUGGGUCCUUUUACCAGGAAUUUACUUUCUUACCCACAGGUAGAAUGACAAACAUUUUGCCUGCUGAAGAAAGAAUGACUACUUCUUGUUCUUCUGCAAGUCUUUCAGGAAGCUGCUUAAUUGAUUAUUAUUGGUGUAUAAAUUCAGUCUGAGGAAAUGGUCUGAGAAGGUGGAGGCAUAUGGCCCCUUCUGGUCUUUUAUUAUUGCAUCUUAAUGUCAUGAUGAGUUUGUGUUGCACCUGCCAACUUCUACUGGAUUUGUCAGCACGUCAGAAAAUGCAGCUUGUAUCACAGAGAAAUGCCAGUGAACAUAAAUAUAUGCAUACAGGUAUUUUAAACAGAAGACUAGGAUUUAAAAACUGAAAAAGGAGAUAUAGUUUAAAAGGCUGGCAGAAGGGGAGAAAGAGGCCCUUCUGAACUAGCUGUAUCUUGAUUAAACUCUGAAAGGAGCAAUAUUUCUGAUGAAUUAUGUUCUGUGCCUGACAUCAAUUUAUUAUAAAUUUAUGGGGAUGCAGAUCUGCAUGAAUUAUCAUUAACUUGCAAACCAAGCCUGAAGUUUCUGAAGUUACUGCUUAGGGAGAAAAAACUUCUAACAGUUCUUGGAAACAAUAGAAAUGUUCUUGUCAAAGGACAUAAGUCAGCCGUAGCUGUUGAGGACAGUUUGAUCCAACAUAGCUCCUGUGUUUCCAGCUGCUUUUGAAUAGGAAGACAUAAAAAUGUAGCUAGAGAGUUUUUACAAGUUUCCCAGACUAGAAUGCAGACCAGAAUGCUCCUGAUAAUUUCAGGUUAGUUCUGACUUCUGCAGCCCAGCUGAGUUACUGUUCAGAGCAUGCCCACAGUACUUGUCCCAGGUGAGUGCUUGGCAGAAAACGUAGGCCUAAUGCUUGCUUUGAUAGGAGAAAUGAAAAUGUGUGAAUUAUCUUCAUAUAUUACUAGCUGCCUAUGUUGAGCAGAGUUUUGGAAGCUAUUUAUAAAACUGGUUUUCACACAAAUACAGUGAAUGCCAUUAAACUAGAUGUUUACCACCCACGAUAGUUACAUUUGCUGUGGUAUUUGAUGUAUUUCAAGUGAUAAAUAUAGAGAAUACUACUGUGUGGUAAAUGCACCUUUUAAUGAGACGUACUGUUGCUAAACAGUGGUUUAAUUUUUAAAGCAGGCCUGCCAGGGAAGAAGGCUUACAGAAUUACAAAAUAUACAGAGUAAGGCUCUGAGCAUAUAGAGACUUCCUAAUGAUGUAUCAGUUUACACAUGAAGGGGAAAGAAUUAAAGUGGGAAUAUGGGCUGCAAGGGUUUCACCCCACACCCCCCCCUUGGUUUUACAGCAGUUAUAGUUCAUGGCCCAAUUUUCAAAGGCACAUUCUUUUUCUAUUCAAUGGAUGAGAAACUUGAACUGACUGUGGAGCUGAUUAUGACUGUAUUACAGAUAUUAAAAGAAUUGUAACAAUAAUGAAAUGGAUUCUCUGCAAAAAGUGCAGAAUUGUGACUUUAAAGUGGUUUAUUAUUUUUAAUCCAUGUGCUAAUUGUGGUUCUUCAUUGCAAUAUGCUGCUCCUGGGUGUGAGCUCUUGUACUUAUCUAAGCUGCUAGUUAUUGACUUUCCUCAACAUUUUCUAGAUACAGCAGUGUCUCUGUUACAUGUGCUUAACAGUUUGUCAUGCUUUUUUUGAGUGGUUCUGUCUGGGAGGUCUACCUUUGAUUUCCUCCAAUAUGUACCAAAUAAACAUAUUCUCUUGUUUCAGUAA